GGCAUGUUGCAGCGUAAAUGGAGACUGUUGCAUGACUGUAUUUCGUGCUCGUGUACGGAAAUCAUAAACAAGAAAUGACAAUUUACGUAAAUCGUCUAAUUUGUUGGACGGGAAGACAUCUCGGCGUCUCAAUUCGAAGAUUUUCUAAGAAUGCACCAGUCACGAGUAAAUCAACAUCUGGAAAUGAAAAUGAAAUGUUAAAACGAAAUCUAGGGCAGCCUACUUCAUAUACUCAUCCGUUUCUAAUGACCGAAGGUGAAGUUACACCAGGUUUAACGAAACAAAAUUAUCGAGCAAGAAGAAAUGCUGUCAUGGCAACAGUAUGUGCUGCCCAAGAUAAUUUAACAGAAGAAAAAACGAUGGGAGAAACAUGGGGAGCAGAUCGGGAAAUGCAAGAACACGUUGUGAUUGUUCUUGGUGAAGCCACAACUUACAUGACAGAGGACAUACCUUACCCUUUCCAUCAGAAUACAAACUUCAGAUACCUUUCUGGAUUCUUGGAACCUGAUAGUUGCCUGAUUAUGGAAACGAUGCCGGGACGACCUCAUCCUGAACAUAAAUCUACUCUUCUUGUUCCAAAGAGGGAUCCAGUAAAGGAAUUAUGGAAUGGAUCAAGAGCAGGAAAAGAUGGCGCUCUUACUCUCACAGGUGUCCACCACACUGAAGAGAUAGAAAGACUGCCUGAGAUUCUCUCCAAGUUUCUCACAGACAAAUACACAAUCUGGUACGACUUCGAUAAAAAGGUGAACUACAAUCUUCACAUGGAGCAUAUAAGACCGUUCUUAGCGGAAGCCCAUCACAACAAAAUGAAAAUCAACCUCAUUAAGAACACGAUCCACUAUCAUAGACAUAUUAAAUCUGACGAGGAGAUAAUGCUUAUGUAUAAAGCUGCUACAGUAUCUGCAGAGGCCUUUAAACGAGUGAUCCCAAUAUCGUACCCCAGUAUAAAUGAGUCAAUAAUACACGCCCUACUUGACACUGAAUGUAGGAUUGCUGGUGCACAGAUGCUUGCUUAUCCUCCUGUUGUUGCUGGUGGAGACAGAGCGAACACCUUACAUUAUAUUUCCAACAAUCAACGUAUCAAUGAUGGAGAGUUGGUGUUGGUUGAUGCUGGUGCUGAAUAUCAUGGAUAUGUGGCCGACAUCACAAGAACAUGGCCUGUUAGUGGAAAGUUCACUCCACCUCAACGUAAGCUGUAUGAUGCAGUGUUGCGCACACAACUUGCGUGUAUUGAACUCUGUAAGGUUGGGUCAACACUGGAUGAGAUAUAUGGUGCCAUGACAAUGUUUCUGGUGCAAGAGCUUCUUGGUGCUGGUGUCAUUAAACAAAAACUUAAACCAAAAGAAGUAUAUGAAUUUGGUCGAAAAUAUUGUCCCCACCAUGUUGGUCACUGGUUGGGAAUGGACGUGCAUGACACGAAUGCUAUUUCAAGAUCAACCACGCUUAGGCCCGGGAUGGUGGUCACAGUUGAGCCAGGCAUUUACAUUGAUACUAAUGACAUUAAUGUGGACGAAGAAUAUCGAGGCAUCGGGAUCCGAAUAGAGGAUGACGUCGUUAUCACCAAAUCUGGACCACGAGUGCUAACGGCCGCGUGUCCGAAAGAUGCGGACGAGAUUGAAGCUCUUUUUCAAAAAUCGAAAUCCUCUUCAUGAAAACAAUGAACUGCGUGGUAGGAACAUAUUCUCUCACACCAACAAAAGCAUAUUUGCACCACUAUUAAUCUAAAGCAUUGUCUUCAAUGCUCAUAAAACGCUUCGUGAAUCUAGGGGUGUCCAUACUAUAAGCACUAACGUUGAUUCGUAGCUUGCUUUUGUAAGAAACUAUCAAAAGGAAUCAAAAAGUUGCUCAAACUCAAAAAGUACUGAGUCAUACAGUUAGUUUUGGUUUACAAAAUACAAUUGUUCUUUCAAA